AUGUUUACCCUAUUAUUCACAUAUAUAUUUUCCUUCCUUCUUCAAAACAUCCACGCAGAUCUUGGUCAACAACAAGUCGAAAAUCCUACCAAAUUCCACUUCGAAACCACUGUAUCUUGCGAUUAUUUUCCUCAAAAUCAAACUUGGUGUUCACAGAUUUUUCAUCUAGAAGAGGAUCUUAUCAAUUAUGAUGAUUUUGGAGUAUCGAAGAUGGUUUGUUUUAAUGGAAGUUAUUAUAAUUUAUUUGAAAAUCGUGUCGAGAAGUCAAGCUUGACAUGGGUGAGUUAGGCGAAGUCAGAUAUUAAAGCUUUCAAAAACAUUUCAGAAUUUCGAAAUUGUGAUUGGUGUUCGUCACAAUUGCACAGAUUCUGGACAAAUUCUUGAAGAAAUUAUUCAUAAGGAUGAUUAUCGGAAAAAAAGUGAUGGAAAAUAUGAAAUUCAAAAAGUUGUAGCUAUAAAUGGGAUUGGCAGUGCUGGUCAAGAUGGAUGGAAUGAAUAUAUGUUCAAAGGUUCGAAAGUUGUGAGUCCUAAUUGUGUCAUACCGUUUUGUUGAUAUUUUUGGGAUGAAUGAAUAUGUAUCAAGUGCGCUCUAUUGACAUCUGGAUCUUUGUUGUGUUUCUCAAUUUUCUUUUGAAAAAUGGUGUUUUCAUUUUUAAAUUUUUUUUUAGAUUUUUUCACUAAAAUUUCGAACCUUCAAUUUUCAUGAGCGAUUUUUUGUCCUGAUUUUCAGUCUUGUCCGAUGAUUUUGAUAAAUUGGUGAUAAUAUAUGAUAAGAGCUUCUAUGGAUGAAGCUGGAGCUCUAAACUCAUUAAAAAUGUGUUUUAUUAAUUCCAAAUAUCAUUUUCCCCGAGUUUCAGCUCAAUCUGAACAUAUUGAUAAUUCAGUGAUAAUAUGUGAUAAGAGCUUCUUGGAUGAAGCAGGAGCUCUAAACUUAUCAAAAAUGUCAUCUACUAUCACCAAACAUCAUCUUCUGUAAGUUUUAGCCAAAUCCGAGCAUAUUGAUAAUUCAGUGAUAAAAGCUGAUAAGAGCUUAUAGGAUGAAGCUGGAGCUCUAAAAUUAUCAAAAAAGUCAUCUACUAUCACCAAACAUCAUUCCCUCCAACUUUCAGCUCAAUCUGAUAAUUUUGAUAUUUUUUGAUAAUCACUGAUAAGAGCUGAUAUGCUCAUUUUCGUGUAAAAUCAUUAUCACCACGAUGCUCCACAGGGCCGAAAACCCCCCACCCACAAAUUUCAGAAGUUUUGGUCAAAUUUUCAAAAAUCGAAAAAAAAUUGUGAAAUUUAGGAUAAACUAUUAUUAUUUAUCUCUCAUUUUCUCUCCUUUUCUCUCGAUUUUUGAGAGAAAAAAAAAUAGUUUAUCCUAUUUUUCUAUCCGUGUUUCGCUUUUUCCGAAAAAAUGGAUCAACUACAGUAAUCUUUUGUGGAAUUUUUUUUCGAAAAUGGUCCCAAAGGUCUAAAUGAUGUAAAAAAUAUCUCCCUAGGGGUAAAUUAGUGUGCUGAACACGCUGGAAGCAUCUAUUUCUCGUAAAAAUGAACGGUUCGUGAGUUAUGAAGAAAAAACAAAAAAGUACCAAUUCAGGUUCCCAGUGACUGAAACUUUCUGAAAAUGUUCACCUAGGGGUAUUUUUCGAUUUUGAGACCGAAAAAAACAUUUAUAAUUGAUUUUGACGGCUUUUUAAUGUAGAAAAAGCGAAAUUUCAAAAAUGCGUCCUGGGAAACAAAUAUUUACAAGACCAAUAAUCAAGUUGUGAAAAAUUCCUUUCGGGAAUUUCAUUAUAAGGACAUUUGCAAGCUUUCAGAAGAAUUUCUCAAUAUCCCAUGCAUAGGUUUCAUGGCCAUACCAUGAUAUGUGAUGUACCAAAAUCUUGCCACCUCCAUAACUCAUGAAAAUUUGCAUUUUUAUCUUGCGAGUCCUAUUCAGACUUGUAGAGCUCGCUUAGCGCUACAAUUUAAAAAAAAUUGUUUAGGUCCAUCGUUUCAAUGAAGCGAGUUAUGGGCAGUUAAACACAAAAAAAUCGAUUUUUCAAAAAUCCGAAAAUCAAUGAAAAAAAAAAAUUUGUCCAAUUAUAAAAUUUUUUUGAAAGUUGUUCGUCUGGUGAUUCUGAGCAACGUACAAUACUCAGAAUUUCGAUUUCAAAACUUAGGCAUUUUUUUUAAAUUUUUAAUAAAAAUCUGGAAUGAAAAAUUGGCAUAUGGGUCACGUAAAAUGAAAUUGAUUGAUAAACGUGAGGUGAAAAGUUAGAAAAUCAUUUCGAAAAUUAUUUGGGAUUGUUUAGAAAAAAUAGAUGAAGAAAAAUGAUAAAAUUCAGAGGUUCUAGAUCAUUUUUUGAUAGCCGAAAUUUGGAAUUUUUUGUUCAAAAAUAUUUGAAGCGAAAUUUUUGACAUUUCAGAAGCUCAAAAGUUUAUAAAAAAGUUGAAAACGUUGCUCAGGCUUAGGCUAAGGCUUAGUAAACCACCUAGAAAUUACUUUGAAGAAAAAAAAAUCGGAAAAAAAAUCGGCCCGAGAUUGUUCACUACCCGCCCAAAUCGAAAUGUUCAUUCGGGCGGGUUUUUCAACAAAAAAAAUCGGUCCGAGAUUUUUCAACAAAAAAAAUCGGUCCGAGAUUUUUCAAAAUUUUUGACACAAGUCAACAAAAAAGUUACAGAUUUGGAAUAAUCCAAAAAUGUAAAAAUGAAGUCGAUGAGUUGUUUUUUUAACAGUGUUAAAAAAGUUUUUUGAUCAAAAAAUGACUCGUGGCAAAAUCAGGAAGGCUCCCUAAUUUUGCCAUGGAUGACGUCAUCAAAAAUUUUUUAAAAAACUUAUUGAAUCUCUUUUUUAUUUGCAUAAUUAUAGAGAUGACCGUCUCCAAACAGAAAUUUCGGUUUGGAGACAUGAUUUUUUCUCAAUAAUUUCAUUUCUGGAUGAAAUUCUGAAUUUUCUUGUUUUUUAACAGUGUUAAAAAUUUUCUUUCAAUUUUUUUUAGCUUCAAAGUUGCUUCUGGGUGGCUUACUAAGCCUAAGCCUGAGAGGUAGUGUCAUUUAGGUCCCAACUCAUCGACUUCAUUUUUCAUUUUUGGAUUAUUCCAAAUCUGUGACUUUUUACUUUGAAACUCAUCGAUCUCAUUUUUACAUUUUUGGAUUAUUCCAAAUCUGUGACUUUUUACGGGCGGGAUGACGUCAUCCAACAACACAAAUUCUCGUUUUUUAACAGUGUUAAAAAAGGAAAACUUACCUAAGCCUAAGCCUAAAGCCUAAUUUUUUUUUUUGAAAAAAACUCGGGCCGAUUUUUUUUUUGAAAAAACUCGGUCCGAUUUUUUUUUGAAAAAACUCGGGCCGAUUUUUUUUGAAAAAACUCGGGCCGAUUUUUUUUUGAAAAAAACUCGGGCCGAUUUUUUUUUGAAAAAAACUCGGGCCGAUUUUUUUUCAUCCAACGAAAAAACUUGGUCCGAUUUUUUUUUUUUGAAAAAAUUCGGGUUUGUUGUUUGGGCUUAAAGGGGGGUUAAGACGACAAAAUUUUAUUUGCUCAAUGAAUCGGGCUCCCUUUGAAUAGUAAAAGCCUCAGGGGAUUUUUUCUCGAAAGGCCUAAAAAGGUCCGAAAAAAAUAUUCCAUGAACUUUUUUCAACGUAUACCUAGUUUAUGUACCUAGUUUAUACGUGGUACCUAGUUUAUGGAACAUUUUUUCUGGGCGUUUCCAGAAAAAAUCCCUUGGAGGUUUUACUACUUUUGGGGAGCCUUUAACUUUGCGACAAAAAAAUUUUGUCGUCUUACCCCCCCCCCCUUUAACUAUAUUGGGAUUCCCAAACACAUCAAAACUCACUAUCAAACAUUCACAUUAAAGUAUUUGUUUUUCUUCUUGUAAAAGAAAUUAUCCAAUAUCUGAAAGUUCGAACAAAUUAUAAAUUUAUCCACUGUAAUCUAACUCACUUUUUUUCUAUUUAUUUUUCAAACCGAUUAGGAGUAGAGUAAUAGCGAGAAAUGAUUAAAAAUGUCCCCCCUCUAUGAAUGAAAUAGAAAGAUCAGAUAAGAAACGUGACCUAGCCAUUUUUCUGAUUAAAAACGUGAUCAUUCUUUUUAGCAUGAAAAAAGUUUUGAUUUUUCACGUGAAAACUCGCGCACUUUUUGAAAAACAAAAUAUUAGCGCCUCGAUGGGAAAGAAUUUGGGAUCGAAUGGUGAAGGUCCCAUCAAAAAUGGUCUUCUGUAAAUUGAGAAAAGUCUUGCGACACAUUUUUAAAUCGAAAAAUACAUUGGAGUUUUCAAACUUUUUGUGCUCCGCGCACCCCGACUAAAAUUCAUCAAAAACAGAUGGUAUGUGCACCAAGGUGCCAAAAUUUGCAAACUUUUCAUUUUUUGAUCAUCAAUUUUUAUGAACGUUGAAGACCUGAACGGAUCGCGGACAAACUAUUUUCGAAAAGCAGUUUUCAAUUAGUAUAUAGUAGAUUACAUUGGAGGAAGUUAAAGUUUUGGCUAGAUACAUGUUAGAAUUUCAGGAGACACAUAAUCAAAUUUGAUGAAAUUUUUUUGCUCUAGUAUAUUUUAGUUACUUCAACUUCUUUGUGAUAUUUUUUUGAGAAAGUUUUCAAUUUUUAAAAUCUAUUUGGUACAAAAGUUGAAAGAGACAAAAAAAUACAAAUAAAAAAUCAUUAUUUUUUCCAAAUUCACUAUAUAAUUUUUUGUACGAAUUUUUCAUCCGAAAAAUUCAGAGAAUUCCAGAGUUUCGGAGAGAUUUUAACUGAAAUGUACCAAUUUGUAGAGUUUUUCUAAAUGAGAAAGACUCAGUGGGAGAAAAGACGAAAGUGCAAAAAAAAUUCAAUUUUCGGCCAGCUUACGAUUUUUUUUAAUGAUAAAAAAAUGUAGCAAACUCGUUAAAAGUCAUUUUUUGCGAUCACUUGCUACUUUCUUUCUCAAGCUGUCUUCAUUUUUUAACUGAAAAAUUCUUCGAAAGUCUGAAAAAACAAGCCCAAAUGUGAGAAUUGACCACAAAUCACGUUUUGGAAGCUUGUAACUCAUGCUAUGAUAACUUUUAUCAAAUAUUGAAUUCACAAACUUCUCCAAUCUCUUUUCUUAGGCAAAUUGACUUUCUUGAGCAAUUUUUUGUAUUAAUUUUCUGAUAAAAGUUAUUCUAACAUGAGUUAGAAGGCUACAAAUUCGCGAUUGUUCAAAAAUCGUCCAUUUUUGGCUGAUUUACUGACUUUCAGAUAGUCGUUCAGCGAAAAAGAAGACGCGAUCUUGAUCAGCACAAAAACCUCUUCAUUUCUCAUUGAAAAUCGUCAAAUUCCUCCAAAUUUCAUUCAAAUUUGAAAUUCAUAAUCAAAAUCCCGCCCUCCGCUACAUAUAAAAAUAAAAAAAACUUACUUUUCUCAUUUGAAAUUAUCGACAUCCUCCAAUCGAUCGGUUCCUCUCAUUUCAAUCGAUUUUCUGAAAAAAACGAAUAUAUUUCAUUUUCAUCGAAAAAAACCAACCUUUUUAUGAAAUCCACGUUGCCGCCGUGUCGACUUUCGUUGGUGCAUCCUUUCCAUUCGAAUAAACACUGAAAAAACAUGAAUUUCACAUCGGAAACCAUUAAAACUUUCAAAACGAGAAAAAACAAAAAAAAUUGUUCAAAAUUAUUGUGUGCAAUUGUGCGUCGCCGUGUUUGCAGUUUGCUAUUUUUAAUUUUUAAUUUUUUUUCUUUUUCAGUGUUUUUUCGUGUUACAGCCGGUUUUACAUAAUAAAUGAUGAUUUUUUCAGUUUUUAUUUGGAUGGAAAGGAAGCACCAACAAAAGUCAACACGGCGACAACGUGGAUUUCAUAAAAAAGUUGGUUUUUUUCGAUAAAAAUGAAAACUAUUCGUUUUUUUUCAGAAAAUCGAUGAAGAUGAGAAGAACCGAUCGAUUCGAAGAUGUCGAUAAUUUCAAAUGGGAAAAGUAA